UCGGCGGGGCGGGGAACGGUCCCGCGCGAGGCGGCGCGAGGCCGCGCCGCCGGCAGCGUGCGUCCGGCCGAGCCAGUCUCGGCCCGCUAGCGCCUCGUUAGCCACGUGCAUAUUUCAGGCGAUCACCGCGCAAUCGACAGACAUGGAAGCCUUUAUAGAACAUGUUCGUGCUCAACCCUGCCUCUGGAACCCCCUGCACCCUGACUACAGAGAAAUGCAUGUAAAGGACGACGCCUGGCAAUGCGUCGUAGAUCAAAACAAUGAUCCUUCCAUCCCUAACAUACAAAUUGCAAAAUCAGAAUGGAAGAAACUACGUGAUAACCACCGAGACGCCUUAAAACGGGCCAAACUAGGAAAAAAUAAAUUACUUCCAGCACAGAUAACUACUUGGAAGUACGCUAAACAUAUGCAAUUUCUUGAACCGCACAUGAAAUAUCGUAUUACUGAGCAUAUUGAUAUGGAACCUUUAGGUGACAGUGGAUCAAAACGACAGCGAGAUGUGAGCGCGCCUUCAUUUAGUACCGAGUCCAGCACGGCAGCGCCGCCAGCCAAGCGGCGGUGCCCCGACCGCGCCGCCGACUCAGAUCCCGCACCCAGUACCAGAAAAGACCCCGAUGCUUUAGAAUCCUUUUUCAACUGUAUUCUCAAAAGUACAAGAGAAAUGCCGCCAUGGAUGCAAACCCAAGUGAAGAAGAAUAUAUUUGCAGUAAUAAUAGACGCGGAGGAACAGCUGUCGUCUCGUCAGACGGGAUCGCCCGACCAAAGCUGCGAAGAUAUUCCAAGAGACAAUAAGAUUAAAUGUGAAGUAAUCACAGAUGAUUAUUGAAACACUUUAGGAAAAAUACGUGGAUUCUUUUAUGUACCUACCUACAUCUUUGCACUUAGGAUCGUAACGAACGAGAGGCGUCGCGACAUAUUUUGUGUGAACUGAAUUCCGGGCUCGCUGUAAGGAUAGGUGGACAAACUUUCGUGCACUUAUAUAUUUGACUUUGUUUUACCGAUAAAGAUAAGUGAUGAAUACGUCUUUCUCGUGAAGUUUAUUUUAGACAGUGGGUGUAGGUAGACAUACAUUUACCUUCAUCGCUUCGCGCCUGAGGAGAUGCAAAGAUCGAUCCGGCGGAGAACGCCGCCGCCGCUCCCGCAAGCCGAACCGCGUAGCUCGCUCUCGCGGGAAAAAUGUGUCUAGGCUCAGCCAUAUUCUGCUCUGAACGCCAACCAUCCAUAAUAUUUAGACCUCCAUUAGUGUCUCGACGAGUCUGUUUGUGGCAAGUAUGUGCAAGUGAAAAAUCUUGAACAAUUAAUAAGCGAAAUAUACCUAAUAAUAAAAUAAUAACUACUUAUGUGUUUUUAAGGUCGUUAAUUUGAAGGGUAAAAUUUUUAUCAGUGCUAGCUUGUUUUGUUUCGGCAACAUUUUACAUGAAAAUGUUUUUGUGGAGAGAUAAACCCUUCGAGUCCCAAGCAUUUGAACCUCAGAAUCUUAUCUUCUGUGACACUGACAUCAUUAUCUUCUGUAACACUGAUAUCAUAUGAUGUCGCUGGGACUCGAAGGGUUAAGUAUCUCUUGUUACGCGGCACAUAUGUAAAUACUUAUCUAUUAACUCUUUUUAUUAGGUUUCUUCAUAUGAUUCAUUCCCAUCUGUCCCCAUCUCAUGUACUACAGUCACGUCUAUUGUAACGGUUCUAUUUUCGCCAACCUUAUAUAAGUACAAGUAUUACAUAUUGAAACUUAUUAGUGGGGAAGAAGGUUCAAAAUUGAAUACAGGUGUAAAUAUAUUCAUGUAGCUGACCGUACGAGGGUGAAUCCAAAAGUUUUUAGAAUUACUGUGAAUGACUAAAGAUAUCGGGAUAUAAUAAUUAUUUUAUUGUUUCGAGCACUCUUCCUGACUUUCUGAGCAUAAUAUUAGAUGGUGUAAUUUUUUCACUUUGGUCUAUUAAAAAAAAAUUAGGUGGUCGUGUUUGCCCUAUUUUAUUUUAUUCGCUUCAACGCCAAUAUUUAAAAAAAAUGUUACGGAAUUUAAACCAAAAAUUUGUAUCCAUUUAUCGUUAAAAACAUACCGCCUUAGUGCGUUUUCACAUUAUCCGAUCCAAUAUCGGAUGUAGGGCCGAUAUCCCAUACAUAUUUAAGCCGCUAUCUAUGAUUUUUGCCUUUGAAAUCCUUCUGACAUCCGAUAUCGGAUCGGAUAAUGUGAAAACGCACUUAUUCAUAAAAGAUAAAGAUAAAAGAUAAAGAUAAAAAGUUCAUUUAUUCAAGUAGGAUCA